AUGGGUGCCCCGUCCCUGAGAUCAGUAGCUGCGGUGCCCAUCAGCAUGUGAUCAGACCUGAGGAUUUGCUGCUGCUGUUGCCACUCUGCAUCCCAAGAGGUGGAUUUUGGGGUCCUGCAGUUUUCCACCUAUCUCCUCCUCUACUGCAGCUGUUGGACCAGCAGGCUGAGAGGGACACAAGGUGGAGGAAAGACAGCAAAGAAAAGGCUGCAAAAUAAAACCCACAUUUGCUCCAGUUCAUCCCAUCCAUGGAGAGACAAGGAAGGAAAAUGGCUGCAGCGGAGCCAGUGACCUUCGAGGAGGUUGCUGUGUAUUUCAGCGAGGAAGAAUGGGCCCUGCUGGACCUGGGUCAGAGAGCCCUGUACAGGGAUGUUAUGCAGGAGAAUUAUGAGACUGUGACCUCACUGGGAUUCCCAGUUUCCAAACCUGAUGUGAUCUCCCAGCUGGAACAAGGGGAGAGGCUGUGCAUUUCCAACCUCCGGGACUAUGAGGAAAGGGAGAUUCUGAGAGACCCCCACACAGCAGGUGAUGGGAUGAUGAGUGAGAACAAGGAGGAAAAUCCUCAGCAGGAAGGUCCUGAGCAAAUGGAACCACAGGGGACAGUAUCAGGAAGAGCUGAAGGGCAUGUUUCCCAGAGUCCUGAGCAGAGAGAAGCCUGUGAAAUUCAGCGCAGACCAAAAAGGAAGCAGGGAAACCACUCAGAGGAGACACUGUGUAAAUCCACUCACAAGAGCAGAGGCAUCAAGAAAAUCAAAGAAACUGUUCAACUGAGAAUCCCAACUGGAGAGAGUCCCUACUCAUGUGGUGACUGUGGGAAAAGCUUGAGUCAGAGCUUAACCCUUAUUCACCGUCAGAGAAUCCACAUGGGAGAGAAACCCUACAAAUGUAAUGAGUGUGGGAAAAGCUUCAGUGUGAGCUCAAAGUUUUUGUUACAUCAGAGAACUCACACAGGAGAAAGACCCUAUGACUGCCCCGUGUGUGGGAAAAGUUUCAGUGUGAGCUCCAACCUUAUUCAACAUCAGAGAAUCCAUACGGGAGAAAAACCCUAUAAGUGUCCUGACUGCGGGAAAACCUUCAAUCAGAGUUCAAACCUUCUGUCACAUCAGAGAAUCCACACAGGAGAGAAACCCUUUGAAUGUCUCGAGUGCAGGAAAAGCUUCAGUCGUAGAUCAACCCUUCUAUCACAUCAGAGAAUUCACACAGAAGAGAAACCCUAUACCUGUGCUGAGUGUGGGAAAAGCUUCGGUCACAGUGCACAUCUUACUAGUCACCAGAGGACCCACACAGGAGAGAAACCCUACAAAUGCAGUGAAUGUGGGAAAAGCUUUAGUCAAAGCUCAAACCUUUAUACACAUCAGAGAAUUCACAUGGGAGAGAGACUCUAUAACUGCCCUGACUGUGGGGAAAGCUUCAGACUGAAGUCAACUCUUGUUACUCACAAGAGAAUCCACAUGGCUGAGAAACCCUUUAAAUGCCUCGAAUGUGGGAAAAGCUUCAAUGCGAGCUCAGCCCUUAGGAAACAUCAGAGAAUCCACAGUGGAGAGAGACCCUAUAAAUGUCUUCACUGUGGGAAAAGUUUCUGUAGCAGCUCAGCCCUUUGUAAUCAUCAGAGCACUCACCUUGAGGACAGACCCUACAAAUGCAAUGAGUGCAGGAAAAGCUUCAGUCAAAGUUCCAAUCUUAUUCAACAUCAGAGAAUCCACACAGGAGAGAGACCGUAUAACUGCCCCGACUGUGGGAAAAGCUUCAGUCGGAAAUCAACCCUAAUUAAGCAUCAGAGAACCCACGUGGCGGAGAGAGACUAAGUGAGCUAAAUGUGGGAAAGGCUUCAGUGAGAGCUCAAACCUCAUUACACAUCAGAGAAUCCACACAGGACACAAACCCUAGGAGUGGGUCAUGUAUAUAAAACCUAUUGAGUACCAUGAAUCUCAAAGGGUCAGGCCAGGCUGGAGUGGCCCUGUAAUGAGGACCUGCAAUAGUUAGUUAUUAAAGCAGAGAAUGAAAUCACAUGCCUGGAACAAAGCUGUGUAGGCCAAGAGGCUGGGAUAAGAUUCCCAUGUUGUGAUGAGAUUUGUUUAUUGCACUCCCCCCGACCCCAACCUGCACUCCCACACAUACCUCACCAUGUACCCCUUACAUCCACACCCCACCCCCACCCAUAUACAUCUGACUCACACCCCUAGACCUUUGAUUCCCAGUGGGGGGCAGGUGCUGUUUGCUCAGGGGAACAACAUCCUUGACUUCCAAAAGAAAGUGAAAUUGUCUUUCUACAUGCUUCAGGACAAGAAAUGUUCUUCCCAUACUUUAAAGCUCCCUCUCUCUUAUUUGGGCCAUCAGCUAAUCAGAAGGAUUUUUAAUGAUAUGCAAGAAGAAAUAGCAAUAGCACAUCUGCAGGAAGGGAAACUAAACCCAUCUGAAACCUAACCUGAACUGAAGUCCACUCCGAACACUUACCAAUUCUGAAAUAAGGAAAAAAAUCUUGCUCUUCAAAUAGCCACGAUGAACCCAUCAGUGAAGUUUAUAAUCUUUAAAAAUAAAAAGUGGAAUGGCUCAUCAAAUGUGUCUACUCACUUUUAAAAGAAAUAAUGAGUCCUUUGGCUGUCAGGCAUAAAUGAGGGAGAGCUGCAGAAUGGGUGUUCAUCAAUCACACUGGGCAGCAGGAGGAGCAUAGUCAAAGCAGAACAAAAAAAACUGGAGAAAAAAACCCCUUUCUCAUAGAAUCAUAGAAUUGCAGGGCUGGAAGGGACCUAGAGAAGUCAUCAAGUCCAGCCUCCUGCUCCAUGGCCAGCGGACCAAGUAAACCUAGACCAUCCUUGACCGGUGUUUGUCCAAUUUGUUUUUAAAAGCUUCCGAUGAUGGGGACUCCUCCACCUCCCUUGGAAGCCAAUUGAAGAGCUUAACAACCCUUAUAUUUAGAAAGUUUUUCCUAAUAUCUCACCUAAAUCUCCCUUGCUGCAGAUUAAGCCCAUCACUUCAUGUCCUGUCUUCAGUGGACAUGGAGAACAAUUGUUCAUCAUCCCCUUUAUAACAGCUCUUAACAUAUUGAAAGACUGUUAUCAGGUCACCCCUCAGUCUUCUGUUCUCAAGACUAAACAUGCCCAUUUUUUAAAUCUUUACUCAUAGUCAGAUUUUCUUAACCUUUUAUGGUUGUUAUUGCUUUCCUCUGAGCUCUCCCCAAUUUGUCCACAGUAUUCCAGCUAGGGCCUCACCAGUGCUGAAUAGAGCAGUACAAUUACUUUCCUGUGUUUUACAUAUAACACUUCUGUUAAUAGAUCCCAGAAUCAUUAGCCUUUUUUGCAGUUGUCGCAUUGAAGACUCAUAUUCAGUUUGUGGCCCACUAUACCCUCCCUCUUUCCCCUUUUCUUCCCCCCGCACCAGUUCUUUUCAGUAGUAUUACCAUCUACACAGUUGUUUCCCAUUUUAUUGUUCUGCAUUUGCUUUUUUCUUCCGAAGUUAAGUACUAUGCACUUGUCUUUAUUAAAUUUCAUCUUGUUGAAUCCAGACCAAUUCUCCAAUUUGUCAAGGUCAUUUUGAAUUUUAAAACUGUCCUCCAAAGUGCUUGCAACCCCUUCUAGCUUGCUUUCAUCUGCAGAUUUUAUAAGCAUACUCUCUACUGCAUUAUCGGGUCAUUAAUUAAAAUAUUGAAUAGUACCAGACCCAGGACUGACCCUGGUGGGAACCCACUAGAUACAAUCUCCCACUUUGACAGCAAACCAUUGAUAACUAGUCUUUGAGUACGGUCUUUCAAAGUGUUGUGCACCCACUUUAUAGUAAUUUCCUUUAGAUCACAUUUCCCUAAUUUGCCUGUGAGAAUGUCAUGUGGAACUGUGUCAAAAACCUUACUAAAAUCAGGUUAUAACGCGUCUACUGCUUCCUCUCAGCCACUAAGUCAAGUAAUCCUAUCAAAGAAGGAAAUUGAAUUGGUUUGGCAUGAUUUGUUCUUGACAAAUCUGUUGUGACUAUGCCUUAUAAUCUAUUAUCCACCAGGUGCUUACAAAUUGAUUAAUACUUUGCUCCAGCAUAUUUACAUCUAUUGAAGAUAGGCUGACUGAUCUAUAAUUCCCCAGGUCCUUCUUUUCCCCUUUUUUAACGAUAGGUACCGUGUUUGCCCUUCUCCAAUGUUCUGGUGCCUCACUGUCCUCUAAGAAUUGUCAAAGAGAAUUGCUAAUGACUUGGAGAUUGAUUCAGCUAGUUCUUUAUCUACCCUGGGAUUCAUUUAAUCGGGGCCUGCUGACUGGAAUACAUCUAACUUCUCUAAAUAUUCUUUAACCUGGUCUUACCCUAUUUUGGUUUACUUUCUUUCCCUCAGUUGCCAAUAUUAAUUGUGCUGAGUAUCUGGUCAUCAUUAAUCAUUUAAGUGAAGAUUGAAGGAAAAUAGGCAUUAAGCGCCUAUUGAUGCUCCUCUUCCUACUAAGUAGAGUGCCCACACUUUUUGUUGUCUUUCUCUUGCUCCUAAUGUAUUUUAAAAAACCCUCCCCUUAUGGACUUUUCUGUCUCUUGCCAGGUGUAACUCAUUUUGUGCCUUAACCUUUCUGCUUUUGUCCCUAUGUUCUUGUACUGUUCUUUUGUACUACUCCUUAUUAAUCUGACCAUGUUUCCACUUUUUGUAGGAUUCCUUUUUGAUUUUCAGGUCAUUUAGAAGUAAGCAAAAAAACAGGCAGGCUGCAACUUUGUUUAAAAAAACCCAACAACAAUAAAAAUCUUAAAAGAAAACCCAAAACAUCAGUGCAACUUGGCUUUUUAAAAGCAAUCUUGGCACAGAAGCCACCUAAGCUGCCCAGUGGAGGAUACCACUGGCAGAGGAGUCUUCUAAGCCCCAUCCCUUUAUGGAGAUAGAUGCCUACCUCUUCCUUCAAGUCAGGAACUGGGGAAUUUAGAUGUUCCUCUGCUAAUGGUGUUUGAUACAGAAGUCACAUUCAGAGACCACCUAUCUCCACACAACGCAGCUGGGGAGGAAGCAGAUGGAGGAACUCCUUCAUAACCUUUAGCUUCAUGGUUACUUUGUUCACCCAGGAUGUGGGAGACACCUGGUUUAUGUCCCCAUACCACCUGCUGAGGCAAAGAGAUUUGAACAGAGAUCUUGCACUUCUCAGGAGAGUGGCUG